UAAGUAUCGAUAUACCUAAUAUAUUUUACUUAGUAUUAGAAACAAAUCUGAUUCAUAUUGAUAAAAUUGCAUUGUUAGAAGAAAUAGUACUUAUAAUGCGACGUUUUCCAAAACAUAUUUUCUAAAAAUGGGUAAUAAUUGUUGUUCAAAUGAGGAAGAUUACGAUCCACCCGGCAGCAAAAGACCCAGUAGAGUGGAUACUGAUGGUUUUUCGGAUAUUAGAGUCGGUUCUGCUAUUAGAGAAGACGAACAAAUUGUCGAUGUGCUAAAAUGGGAAUUCAAGGAGACACCACAGAUUUUUUUGUUAAACAAUUUGCUCAUGUGUCCUCAGUUUUUUGAGAAUCAUCGAAAAGACAGAGAUCAAGCCCCCUUAACAACCAACAAAAUAGAAAAAGAUUUAAAUACAACUCUUUUGAAAAACGAAAAUAUGGAAUGCAUCUGCCCGGAUUUACCUAUGGAAAUAGUGAAUAACAAUUUGCGGUAUAGGCCGCUACAUGGUCGGAAGAAACAUCUUUCGGAGCCAUUGAUUCCCAAAAGAAUGUUUGUCAUAAACAAUUCCAUUGAAGUAGUCAAUAGUAUGGACGUUGUCCAAUAUACCUCAAUAGAUAAGCCAGCCUAUCAAGUUAGAUUAGAGGAAUCUAGCAGAAAAGGUUUCGUAAGACUUAAACAAAUCGACACCAACAAGGUACAAAAUAUUCCCUUCAAUCCAGACGAACCCGGACCCAGUGGCUUACAAGUACCAGAUUCCGAUUACUAUGAAUAUACCUCUAUUACUGAACUACGAACACCAAAGCUUUUACAAACAAUAGAAAAAGUAGAACGAAGAGAUACUCUGCCUGUUACAUGUUUCACCUCGAGAAAAGUAAAGAAACCUGAUCACGAAAUCUACGAUAUAGAAAAUAACAGCGAUUUCGAGUUUGAAUUCAAUGAGGACAAUCUUUUUGAUAAUGUUAUUUACAUAGAUGCUAAAGGGUUCAUGAAUUACUUCAAAAACGCUUUGUUUCCGAGUUCUUUAGGCAGAUCUCUUGGCUUUACUCAACACGAAAUUGAUUUAACCAAGUCCAUUCCUGGAAAAAUGUUUUGUAAUUUGACUGAUGAUGACGAUAAUCCUAUACCAUGUGAGGUGAUUCCUUCCGUAGCUAUUCAGUGGCCGGCAGAGCUUACUUACGAAUUCAUUAUGCGAGAGGACAGACCAACGAUAACAGAUAAAAACACGGGUAUCCGCUACAAAUGGCCGACAGAUCCGAUGAUCAAAGAAAUGCGCACGUUCAACUGUAUGCUGAUACCGAAGGGCUACUGGAUGAAAAGGGGUCAGUAUUCGGAUGCUACUAUAGAAUGGGAAAUAGCUUUUCCGAAGGCUGAGAGAUACUUGGAAGCGAGAAUGUCGCAUGUUCAGAUUCGGUGUUAUUUAUUUCUAUUGACACUUCACAAGACAUUCAUAGAUCCGGUAACUCAACAACACGGGCUGCUGAUCGAGCACAUCAGGUGUCACAUGUAUUGGGAAUGCGAAGCCAAUUACAGAGACUGGCCGGAGCACCGAUUGGGAACCAAAAUUUUAAAAGUGAUAGAAAACUUGUGUCAAUGUCUUUCUAAAAGCGAAUUACCGGAUUACUUUAUCAAACAGAAGAACCACUUCAGGAAUAUACCGAAAAAAUAUCUUCAUUUUGCUCAGAAGGUUUUAAAUGAGAUUCUUCAAAACCCUGUAGUACAUUUUAUUAAAGCGCUUAGGUGUCUCAGGUACACUAGUGGAAAGUUUUAUCAUCCGUUCGAAUUUAAAGAAUUUUAUAGAAUACUAGUUCAAACUCAAGGUUAUAAACUCGUCAAUCCUAACAUCAUUCCUAAUUUACGAAGAAGGCACUAUGGAGAUCCAGAAAUGCAAUGGAGGUAUUUACAAGAGCAAGCUAAGAGGAAGAAAAUUUUGGAUGAUAGAAACAAGGAAUUCGGAAAUUUUAAGGAUGAAGAGGAUACCGAAUCUGUGGAUUCAAUAGAUUUGGACUGGAAUUGCGAAAAACAAUUCGAAGUCUUCAAAGCCAAAUUAAUCCUCUGCCAUUUCAUCAAAACGUUCAUCGCAAUCGCUAAAGACGUAUUCAGAUUCGGCGGAACGGAAAAUCAGUGUUUGCUCUACCUCAAGCAAGCUUCAUAUUUAACGAAGCUACUGGAAGCGACAUCUUCAAGUUUAUUGCCGGAGGCGCGCGAAUUCCAACAACAAAUCUACGUAGAACAAGAGGCUUUCCAAAGAUCGGCCGUUUUAAGACGUUCAAAUAAACCUCCGGAAACACCAAUUAGAAAUUCUAUACAGUUCGAUUUUUCGAUGACUCAACAAUUGAAAAAUAACGCAGUGAAUUUGAGUAACUUGCACAACGCUUAUAACGGUUCCGGAGUUAAAUUAGUGCAUACGACGUCCGUGAAACCGAAAGCUUCGCCGAUUUUGAGACUUAAAUCUGAGGUUAAUAAAAGGAAAAGUCUUACAGUUGGUGGAGGAAAGAGUGUUACGUUCAUUAAUCCGUAGUAGUGAAGCACUGUCUCU